CUGUCCAAGCAGCCAAGUUCUUGAUAAUAGUAAACAUGAUCUCCAGCCAAAACGUUUCGUUGUACGCACAAGAAACAUCGCCGAAAACCUUCUGCGGCUGUAACAGCUCCUCCAUCUUUGCAAGAAGACUUUCACUGAAUAAGCCUAACACGGUCUCUUCACCUUCUCUGCCACCGCGGGCAUUCCGGGCAUCAUCAUUCCGAGAGAGCAAAUUCGAGCGAGUCUUUCGCUACUUCGACGAAGACGGGGACGGAAAGAUCUCCGCUUUGGAGCUGUGCAAUUGCUUGCGCAGCAUGGGGGAGGAGCUUUCAGCGGAGGAUGCAGAGGCUUUCCUGGAGUCGUCGGAUGCCGACGGGGAUGGCAAGUUGGGUUACGAGGGUUUUUUGAAGCUGGUGGAAGUGGAGGAAGAUGUGGAAAGGGAGAGGACUCUAAGGGAAGCGUUUGCAGCCUUCGAGAUGGCCGGAAUGGGUUGCAUCACAGAGAGAAGCCUCCGGUCAGCAUUGCAACGGUUGGGUAAGGAAAAAAAGCUGGAGGAAUGCAGCGAUAUGAUAAAGAAGUUUGAUCUUAAUGGGGAUGGGGUCAUUUGCUUCGAUGAAUUCAAGCUCAUGAUGCUCUGAAUAUUAUGUUGUAAUUUA